CCACCAUUUCUGGACUUACUGAGUCUAACCUCACAAUUCCACCAGUAUAUUAUUACACUGUGAAAACGUCUUCUAUGUUUAAUUUCAUUAAAAUAUAAACAAAAAUGGCUCUAAAUAUGUUAACUAAGGUCACAAAUUUAUUAAAAGGAACAUCCCAAGUCCUAAACACCUCCGUAAGAACAAAAUGGGUUAAUGCAAGAAUGAUACGCGACGUAAAACGACGUGUGAUGGCUACUGAUAUGGCCAAAGAUCGUCUACGCGUCAACUCGCUGCGAAAGAACGAUAUCCUGCCUCAGGAGCUUCGCGAUAUAGCAUCCGCUGAGCUGCAUGCAUUUCCGCGUGAUUCCUGUCCUCGUCGCAUUGUCAACCGUUGCGUCCUUACUUCACGUCCACGAGGAACCAUAGUCAAGUGGAGGGUCAGUAGGAUUAUGUUCAGACAUCUUGCUGAAUACAAUAAAUUAGCAGGUGUACAAAAAGCUUUGUGGUAAUGAAAUUCAGCUGAAUCACAAUUAUACCAACAGAUUAUUAGUUAAUUAAUAAAUAACAUAUCCACAAAGAA